AUGGCUGCUGAUCGAGAACCUGAAAAAAGCAUGCAUUUGGAGCAUUUCGACGACAAUGCCACUUCUGUGAACACCGUUGCCGGUGAUAAGAAAGACGCUUCGGAGCUGGAGGCUGGCGUAUCCGAAACGCUGGCAAUUCAGGAGCGCAAGAUCCGACGAAAGAUGGAUUGGCGACUCUUGCCGAUAACAGGAGCACUGUACGCGGUUUCACUUAUCGACCGACUCAAUCUACCCAAUGCACGUCUCGCUGGCAUGGAUGAUGCCUUGGGCAUGUCGAUUGGAAACCGUUAUUCGAUUGUGACCAUGGUUUUCUUCAUCGGCUACAUCUUGUGUGACUUCCCAGCAAAUUUCGUCAUGAGGAAGUUCGGCCCCGCGACUUUUUUGGGCAUCAUUGGCCUCCUCUGGGGUGUCCUGACCAUCGCCAUGGGGUUCACCAAGACUUGGAUCGAACUCGUCCUCUGCAGAGUCAUCUUUGGAGCUCUCGAAGGCGGUCUAUUUCCGGGUGUCAUUUUCCUUCUAUCUUGCUGGUACAUCCGUCGUGAAGUCCAGCUGCGAUUUAGCGCCUUCUAUGGAUUUGGCAUGGUCAUCUCUGGCCUUUCAAAUCUGAUUGCGUAUGGGUUAUCCAAAUCAGAUGGCCUUGGUGGAAUGGGGGGCUGGUCGUGGAUCUUUAUCUGGGAGGGUAUUGCGACUUGCAUUGUGGCUUUCUUCGUAUUGGCUUUUCUUGUCGAUUUUCCUGACAAGGCCGCCCGACCAAGGAGAUUUGGAAUGAAGCCAUUCUUGACCGCAGAUGAAGUCACCGUCGUCUUGAAUCGCAUUGAACGAGACCGCGGUGACGCCACACCGGAAAAGAUGACAGUCAGACUAGUCCUGAGCAAAUUGAAGGACUGGAAACAGUGGGAGAUGUGUCUUCUUCUCUUGUGCAAUAACACCGUCGCGUACUCCUUCGCAUUCUUCUUACCACUGAUACUCCACGGCCAAAUGGGGUACUCCAUCUUCACCACCUAUGUGUUGAUAUUCCCUCCAUAUAUCUUGGCUGCCAUUUGGAUGGUUAUUGCGGCCUUUAUUGGCGAUCGCUUCAUGAUACGGGGACCUAUCAUUGUUUUCAAUGCCUGCUUUACCAUCAUCGGCGUUACAAUGAUGGGUUAUGCAUCGUCCAACUCUGUACGGUACGCGGGUGUCUACUUGGGCCUGGCACCAUAUAAUGCAAGCAUCCCAUGUAUCUUCAGCUACCAGCACAACAACAUUGUAGGGCAGACGAAACGAGCAAUCGGAGCAGCGAUUAUGAUUGCUGGUGGUGGCCUUGGAGGCAUCAUUGCGAGCAAUGCUUUCCAGCAGAAGCAUGCUCCUGGCUAUCGCCCUGGUUUGAACACUGUUCUGGCUGUCCAAGCGUUGACCAUUGUUCUGAUUUGCAAGAACUUUGUUGUUUUCACCAGAGCGAAUCGGAAAGCCGACCGUGGCGAGCUGUACGACCUCGAUGACGCCCAGAAGACCCUUGUUCGGGUCGGCACAACCCUUGUUGAGCACGAUUUUGCGUCCGUCAAUCGUGUCCGUGGAAGGCGGCAUGUUUGA